GGCCUGCGACACUGCUUACUUCUGCUCUCUGGGUGUGAAAGAAACAGCCAGCCAAGAUGUCUGAGAAAAAAAUGACGUCCAGCCGGAAGCAUCAUCUGAAGAGCCUGAUGCUCUCCAUCGCAGCGAGCAUGCUGGAGGCUGAGGCAGCUGAGGCCGAGGAGGAGAGGAACAGGUACAUGGAGGAGAACUGCCCCGCCCUGUCCUUACCUGAAUCCAUACAGGAGCUGCAGGCUCUGUGCAAGAAGCUUCACCAGAGAAUCGAUGCCGUUGAUGAGGAGAGAUACGACAUACAUGCCAAAGUGACCAAGUGCAACAAGGAGAUUGACGAGCUGAAGAUUAAAGUCAUCGACCUGAAGGGCAAGUUCAAGAAGCCAGCUCUGAAGAAAGUGCGUAUGUCUGCUGAUGCCAUGCUGCAAGCUCUGCUGGGCUCCAAACACAAGGUCAACAUGGACCUGAGGGCCAACCUGAAACAGGUCAAGAAGGAGGUCAAAGAGGAGGAAAAGGAAGCUAUUGGUGACUGGCGUAAGAACAUUGAGGAUAAGGCUGGCAUGGGUGGCAGGAAGAAGAUCUUUGAGGCAGAGGCCUAAAUUAUCUCCCUUUGCUGGUUUAUUCUUUGCUUUGCUCUGGGUAUUUUGUUCUUUAUUUGGGACUGUGUUUUGCUCUCUUUCGUUCUCGCCCUCUCUGUUUUCAUGAUUUAUUCUGAUCCAUUUUACACUUGGCCAUAAUUGUAUUGAGGUACAGUGGAGUGGAACAAACUAAAGUAUAUUUAUUUAACUUAAUUUUUCCUCUUAGCACCUUGUAUACCUUGCCAUAGGUAUACAGGUAUACAGUCAUCACUAAAUCAGUUGUUGCUAAUAAAUAUUUUGAUGGAACCUUCAAAGUACUGAUAUAGAAUCACUUAUUCAUUGAUGUUAAUUAAUUCUUCUGUUACAUUUAUGAGGAAUGAAGUUUAAUCGAAGUAUAGAAUACUUGCAUAUUAUUAAUGGUAAAGCAGUUGAGUUUCAGAGAUUUCCAUUGAAUUAAAAACAUGAUGUUGUGUU